GGGGCUUACAGAGGGAGGUUCCGUGGCCUCGGGAAGGCUUCUGUCAUCUUCCAUCCACCAUCUGCUCCUACCUGGGUAGGUGGCACCCUCGUGGAGUGACGGAACGGGCCUUUCCAGAAUAAGGGUUGUACUCGGAUCUCGAGGACACAGCACUUCCGGUCGAGUGGAGAUCCGGCUCCGGGCCUUGGGACUGAGGCUGGGGGCUAAGCAAUUCACAAAGACCAUCUCCCAAGACAUGUAGGGGUUGGGAAACUUUGGAGGAAGAACACAAAUCAUUGAAAUCAUGGAUCCUCAAAUACUGAAAUAAGUAUUUUAUACUCCUAGGGAAGAUUUCAAAAGCUUUUUGAUCCUUCGAUGGCUUCCUUGGUAGCUUAUGAUGACUCUGACUCUGAGACAGAGGUCGACAAUUCUAAUGGUUCUUGCCAAAAAAAGAGCAUCAGAAACCUUGGUCAGCUUUUACCACCUGACACAUUAGCUACAAAGUGUGAAAACAACCCACAACCUAGAUGCAACAACCUAAAUACUGGUUCGGGCAUUAUUCAGGAAUAUUCUGGGAUAUGUGGUCUUCUAGAACCUCAGGCAGAGAGAAAAACUUGGAAGUCUUGUCCAGAGCCUAGAUGCCAGUGGCCUACCACAGAGGUCCAAGAGAAACCCUACACAUUCAUCCCUUCAGAUUACUCCACAUCUCCCAACUCUAUAUCAUCAGGCAAUAGGGAAGUAGCAGGUCUAUCUGUUAAUAAAAUGAGACCUUCAUAUGAAGCCUUCAGAGUCCCCAACUCAUCUUCCUGUACUUUAAUGUCUUUGGAAACCACGGGUCAACAUAGAAGCCUUUUGGAAAAAAGAAGACGGGAGAACAAGGAUUUUGUUGAAAGAGGAAUUAAGCCUUACAUCCCCAAAAGACUGAGACAAACACAAACGUUAACUGCACAAACUAAUAAGAGAGAGAAAUCUGGGCAACAAAACCAGAAAAUGGAUUGUCCAUCCUUGUUGGAAGGAUGCCCUAUGAGAAAAUGCACAGCUAUAGUGAUUUCUGAUUUUAUUAAACCAUAUUUAGAAGCAGAGUAUAAAUCAACAGCAAUUCCAAAGAAGUCAGUCUUUCAGAUGUCUGAGCAUGAAGGACCAGUCAACAGUGUCCAGUGGUGUCCAGUUUUACAAUACAGUCACAUGCUUCUUUCGGCUUCUAUGGAUAAAACUUUCAAGGUAUGGAAUGCUGUAGACACAGGUCGCUGUUUGAACACCUAUUCCUCUCACAGUGGUGCUGUCCGUGCUGUGCAGUGGUCCUCUUGUGGAAGACAGAUCCUCAGUGGUGGCUUUGAUUCUCAGCUUCAUUUGACAGAUGUUGAAACAGGAACACAGUUGUUUAGCUGUAAAAAUGAAUUUAGAAUCAGCACUGUGAAAUUUAAUCGAGAUGAGCCUAAUAUUUUUCUUUGUGGAGGAUUCAGUCCAGACAUUAAAGCUUGGGAUACAAGGAGUUGCAAGGUCAUCAAAGUCUACAAAGCUUCAAUCCAACAAACUUUAGAUAUCCUCUUUCUUCAUAAUGGAAAAGAGUUCCUGAGCAGCACAGACUCUGUAAGCCGCGAUUCUGCCGACCGCACCAUCAUUGCGUGGGACCUCCACAGUGCUGCCAGAGUCUCUAAUCAGAUCUUUCAUGAGCGGUUUACCUGUCCUAGCCUCACUUUACACCCAAGAGAAUCUGCUUUUGUGGCCCAGACAAAUGGAAACUAUAUGGCAUUGUUUUCAUCACUGAGGCCGUACCGGAUUAAUAAAAGGAAACGUUAUGAAGGACAUAAGGUAGAAGGCUAUGCUGUGACCUGUGAGUGUUCUCCGGAUGGGGCAGUUUUAGUGUCUGGCAGUGCUGAUGGCAAUGUCUUUUUCUACAAUUAUUAUAACUCAAAGAUCAUUUGUUCUUUUUCUGCACAUAGUCAUCCAUGUGUUGGCGCUACAUUUCACCCAGUUCUUCCCUCUGUUCUCGCAACAUGUGACUGGAGUGGGAAGAUUAAAGUCUGGCAGUAAAGUGA